AUGAUGAUGGUAGAUCUGAAAGUGGCUGAGUACUUGAACCCUCAGAUCAGGGCUCUGUGGGAGACCAAGGGACCUGUGACAGAGAGCUCCUCUCAGAGUAAAAAAUAUACUGCACAAAUGGACAGUCUCAGUCCUGAGAGCUUUCGCCAACACUUCCGGAAUUUCCACUAUCAUGAAGCAGCUGGACCCCGUGUGGCUGUUGGCCAACUUCAGGAAUUAUGCCGUCAAUGGCUAAGGCCAGACAUACACUCAAAAGAAGAAAUCUUGGAUCUGCUGGUGCUAGAACAGUUCCUGAACAUUCUGCCCAGGGAUACUCAGACCCAGAUAAAGAAGCACCACCUACAGAGCAUUGAAGAGGCUGUGGCCUUGGUAGACCACUUGCAGAGUGAAUCUGGUCAAAUGAAGACUGGGGUUGCAGUCCAUGUGCUGGGAAAGGAGGCAGUGCUCUUGGGAGAAACAGCAGAGACCUCAGGCUUCAAACUGAAGCCAGCAGAGUCCCAGCCAGUGGGCAGGUCCCAGGAUGAAGAAUUUUGGAAUGACUAUCAGGAUCUACAACAGCUGAGCAGGAAUACUCAUAAAGAAACUGAGCCUAUGUGUGAGAGGGCUGUGCCUGCUCACCAGAUCCUAGACUUUCCUGAGCAGACAUACACCAAAGACUGGACAGUGGCACCUGAGCUCAUCUUGCCUGAGUCCCAGAGCUUAUUGACAUUUGAAGAAGUGGCCGUGUAUUUUUCCCAGGAAGAAUGGGAAUUACUGGAUAUCAGUCAGAAGACUCUCUACAAUGAUGUAAUGCAGGAAAACUAUGAGACUGUCAUCUCUCUAGCUGUGCCUACUCACCAGAUCCUAUACUUUCCUGAGCAGACAAACACCAAAGACUGGACAGUGGCACCUGAGCUCAUCUUGCCUGAGUCCCAGAGCUUAUUGACAUUUGAAGAGGUGGCCGUGUUUUUUUCCCAAGAAGAAUGGGAAUUACUGGAUCCGGGUCAGAAGGCCCUAUACAAUGAUGUAAUGCAGGAAAAUUAUGAGACUGUCAUCUCUCUAGCCAUAUUUGUGCUCCCCAAACCUAAAGUCAUCUCCUGUCUAGAACAAGGGAAAGAGCCAUGGGUUCAAGGAUCCACAGAGAUCAUGGACAGUCCUGGAGAGCUGCCUAUAGGGUUAAAGCUCAAAAAUGAUACUGAAAAUCAUCAGCCUAUAUGUCCUUCUGACUUAGAAAUACAAGCUCCUGGAGACAUAAUAUCAAAAAAGGCCAGAGUGAAAGUUCCCCAGAAAACAACAGUCAAAGAAAAUCAUGGUGAUAUACAUAGGGUGGGGAAAUGGCACCAAGACUUUUCAGUGAAGAAAAGAAAGAAACUUUCAACCUGGAAACAAGAGCUGCUAAAACUUAUGGAUCGUCACAAGAAAGAACGUGCAGGAGAGAAGCCUUUUAAAUGCCAGGAAUGUGGGAAAAACUUCAGAGUUAGCUCUGACCUUAUUAAGCACCAAAGAGUUCACACUGAAGAGAAACCGUAUAAAUGCCCACAGUGUGAUAAGAGGUUUAGAUGGAGUUCAGAUCUUAAUAAGCACUUAACAACACACCAAGGGAUAAAACCAUAUAAAUGCUCAUGGUGUGGGAAAAGCUUCAGUCAAAAUACAAAUCUACACACACACCAAAGAAUUCACACUGGAGAGAAGCCCUUUACAUGUCAUGAAUGUGGGAAAAAAUUCAGUCAGAACUCCCACCUUAUUAAACAUCGGAGAACCCACACAGGUGAGCAGCCUUAUUCCUGUAACAUAUGCAGAAGAAACUUCAGCAGGCGGUCAAGCCUUCUUAGGCACCAGAAACUCCACCAGUGAAGGGAAAAUCGUCCAUUGUCCUCAGUCUGAACAAAUUCACCAAGAGGAACUUGACACUAAAGUUUAUGAAAAAAUAGAAAAUUAUGAAGCAUGAUUUUUUCAUCAGUGGAAUAUUACACAUAAAGGAAUCAAGUUCAACUCUGCAUGGGAUGAAUUAAAGUUGUUCUACUUACUGUGUUUACUUAUAACCUAUAGGGAAUUCCAUAGCAAUAUUGGUGUUCUAGGAACAUUCUAAAAAUGGAAAAAACUGUUUUAGGAUUGUACCUGCCAAAAUAUCAAAUUCAGUUUCAGACAGCAGAUGAAGCCAUAAAAUCAAUCAGUCUUCUGUGGUCAUAGAGGUAAAUAGUGUUGGUUUUUCAUUGAUCUACCCAGCCACUCUUAAACGCAUGUGAUAGAAACAUUUGUAGCAUGGUCUUCCAAAACAAAAAGCAAUAAUAGGCUUGUUUAAUUGUAUACCAUUGUCUUCAAGGAAGCAAGCUUAAAAAUUUCAUUAGUCUCAUGGGAUAGAAAUGAAUUCUAAUGUAAAGUUUCCUAAGAACCUAAUUGGAUUUUCUUCCUCUCUCAUCAUUGGACUUUGUGUGAGUUUUUUCUUGAACUUUUUAGGAACUUUAGCUCUUGAAUUGUAUUAGCUCAAAUUUUACUUUGAUGAAAUUAUAUUUACUUCACCACUAGGGAAUCUGCCAGAUAACUAAUAAUGCACUAUCUUAUGCAUCUUAUUGGUGGUAUUUGAAAAAAGGAAAACAUUUCUAAUGAGAUUAUAUAUAAACUAGAGGCCUGGUGCACGAAAUUCAUGCACGGUGGGGGGAGGUGGGUGGUACCCUCAGCUUAGCCUGCACCCUCUCCAAUCUGGGACCCCUUGGGGGAUGUCCAACUGCCGGUUUAGGCCCAAUCCAGCAGUCAGACAUCCCUCUCACAAUCCUGGACUGCUGGCUCCUAAUCGCUCACCUGCCUGCCGACCUGAUCGUCCCUCACUGCCUCUGUGUGCUGGCCUGAUUGCCCCUAACUGCCCUCCUGCCGGCCUGGUCACACCUAACUGCCCCCCACUGCUGGCCAGGUUGCCUCCAACUACCCCCUCCCUGCCGGUAUGGUUGCUCCUAACUGCACCCCCCUUCCGCUGGCCUGGUCACCCCUUACUGCCCCCCCAGCCGGCCUGGUCACCCCCAACUGCCCCCCUCUGCCAGACUAGUUGCCCCUAACUGCCCCCCCGCCAGCCUAAUUGCCCCCAACUGCGCCCCCACCUGCCGACCUGGUCAUGCCUAACUGCUCCCCCCACCCCCGAUGGCCUGAUCACCUCUUACUGCACCCCUUGCUGGCCUGGUCGCCCCUAACUGACCCCCCCCACCCCCCGCUGGCCUGGUCACCCCUCACAGCCCCCCUGCUGGCCUGGUUGCCCCACACAGCUUGCUUGUUCAGUUGUUUGAACGUCCCUCACUAUCCCCCCUGCUGGCCUGGUCAUAAGGCAGCCAUCUUUGUGAGGAUGUGAGGGUUAAUUUGCAUAUCACCUCUUUAUUAUAUAGGAUGGGUUGGAAUUUUUAGCAAUGGAAUAAUAUAUUAGAUGUAAAGAAAUUUUUUCUGCAAUAAAAGAAACUAGAUUGUUUCCUUUCCUCAUAAUGUCAAUAGGAUAACAUAGCCAUAAAAAUUAGUACAUUCC